GAAGAUGCAUGGUUUCCUCUACGAUUGUUAACUGCUCUAACGGAGGCCAUUUGGGAGGAAUCAGAAAGUAGUUCUUAUUCGAUCGAUAGACUCGGUGGCAUAUUCACUUAUUGCUGCUCACUAUACGGUGUUACGUGUAUGGCGAUGUCCGUUAUUUUGAAUCGUACCUUGGUCAUGGCAUCAUCAAACUCCUCCAGAAACCAGCAACUUGCUAUGAACAGAAACAGAGGCUUGAUGAAUUCUCCUGAGCUGGCCGAAGCUAUGAAGCGAUUGAGCAUAAUCAGUUUCCGGAUUGGUGUCAUUGCUAUCUUGUUGUACAAUGGCUACAAUAUAUUGACUGCUUUGAACUUGCACGGCCAUGUGGGAAUCAGUGGACCAUCGGUCCCAUUUCUAUACAAGUUGUUACCAGACAGCUUGUUUGCAUAUGACGCAGAAUACUUCAGUUCAACGAACUACAUGAAAUCCCCUAGUGGCCAAGUUAUGGUGGGUCCUACGACUGAUAUGUACUGGCCGAUAUUUUUGAGCUUCUGCUUGCUGCUGUUCACUGAGACUUUUGUCUCGGUAGUACAAGGAAAGAGACCAUAUACUGAAAGUGGAAUCACUAUUUUUGAGCACUCGUUAGUGUUUCAAGAAUUCAGCUCAGCGGGUGCUGCUUUAUUUGGAAGAAGCAAAUACUACAGGAGACCAAAUGAACAGGUAUUGGUCCUCGCUUUGUUUCUGGUCCUCACGCAUUUGAAUAUUCAUAUCGGGGGCCUUAUUGAUGAUAAUAAGCACAGACUCAUACCACUGACAAUUCUUGGAGUUAGUUUCUUAUCCUAUUAUAUCUGCUCUAUCUUUAAAGCAAAGAUAUUUGGGUUUCCAGCCAUGUUGAACAUAAUUCUCAUGCCACAGGUUUUAGUGGUUUUCGUUAUAUGUGUGAGUGCAUUGAUUUUCGUGAUCGCCAUCGUUGCUCAUGGUUUUAGAAUUCAAGAGUUGAAUCUUGCCAGCUUUUUCAAAGAAACUGAUGAAGAAGACACCAAUAUCUUUCAAGACCGCUUGCAGGAUGAUUUCUACACCGUGUUGCUUGAUUUUGGUAUGGUAGCUAUCACACUGGCAGGAGCAUCGAGCUACAUUACCGAGCUUAGUCUUGUUGCAGUGGAUGAUAGAACCUGGCUCGAGCGUGGUAAUUAUAAAGAAGCCCGUGAAGCCUUACAAAUAUCAGAACAAUCGAACCAAUUUAAUCUGGACAAAGAUACGGCAAAGGGAUACAGUAAUAUGAUAUCACAACCAUCUAAGAGUUUAGUAAGUGGUAGUGAGGUGGAUGAAAGCGGAAUAAAAGAGUCUGUCAGUGUUUUCAAAAAGAGAAAUCGUCAGUUGAGUGCAAUCAUCCUCAGCCUAGUCCAACUUCUUUACGGUGUCACGAAAUCAGUCUUGAUUAAAGGUUUUCCUAAUUUCAUUAGAAAGUUCAUCUUAAGAGCACAGGUGGAAGAGGUUAUCGUGAAUGAUGAUGAAACCGAAGCAGAGUUUGAAGCUAGGAAAUCUAGAGUUCCUGAGUUUUUGAGGAAGCAUAUGGUCAGAAGAACAAAGGCACAAAUAGAUUUGGACAAACAGAAGCUUGUCGAAAUUGAUGAAUUCUCAGAAGAAAGCAUUGCAGACAAUUAUCUCAACCUUUUAAAUGGCAUGGCCAUCUCGGAAAUAGACAACUCCGAAAACUAUCUUGGCAUGGAAAGUGAUUUGGAUUCGGAUUAUUCCGAAUCUGAGAGUGUCACUGAGAUUGUCAGAACAUCUGAAAGAAUUCCUACCACCAUCGGGCUGUCGGAAGUAGGAGCUUUCAGCGAAUUGAUAACUGCAGAUGAUUUGACUGACAUGAUUACUACAGACACAGAUGUAUUGAGAAGCCACAUGAAGCAUGAUUACUCCAAGGGGAUGUUGACUAGAUCCAAGUUCGCUGAGCUAGUAAGUGUCAGACAAUCGCAUCAAACAGAUAUGGACGAGACCCACAAACUCUUGGAAGUAAUCGCUUCUACUCGCCACUCGGCUCCAAAACCCGACAAUGAUUCCGAACUGCUGAUGAGGCUCGACUGUGUUAUAUGUCAGGUUAACAUGAGAGAAAUCAUUACUUGGCCCUGCAAAUGUUUCGCUAUCUGUGAACCUUGCCGGUUGAGGUUGGCUGCGAAGGGUAUUGAGGGAUGUGUAUGCUGUCGUAGAGACGUCCAGGGGGUCUCCAAGGUGUUUAUACCAUAA